AUGUCUGGGUGUUGUAACGGGAAGGACUGCAAGGGGAACCAAGGCCAGACCUCUAUAGCGGGAGGCUAUGGCUCUAUCUAUGCAGGACCGACUACCACACGCCGCAGGACUACCGACUACGAGCCAGGACUCCUGCUCCUGCGCCAGGACCCCGCUACUACUAUACUCCCACCACGAUCUACGUCAGCCACUGUGACACUGAUCACAUCAGCUACCCCCGUCAGUGGGGCAGACAAACAUAGACUUCCCGGCACUCUCCAGACAGACCUUCCCCCAGACUUUGACACGGAGUCUUCUAUGUCUGGGUACAAGUCUUGGUACAGGUGGCGAUGCUCUGACGACGCCGGCACUCCUACGAGCAUGGCUGACAUCACAUACCCGCCUUUCCCACCAGUCACAUCACGCUUCACCCGCCACCGCCACCACCAGGGGCUGCAUACCAACGCAUGGGCCAUGGACAUCACGUCCAGAAAAGGGGGGAAGGAGCGCGAUGUGAAUAAGACUGGCCAAAUCCCGCACUCUUCAAUUCUCACCAGGCAGCACAACGCCCUGCGCGCUCCUGCACACUGCUCAUCGUCAUUUAUCGCGUUCGUUCAAAUCAACUAUCAAUCUCCUCUACCCAGGGCUAACAACUUCUACCUUAGGUGGAGGCGGUUCUGGUGCAUUGUACCUUCUCAAGGGACGUCCUUGUUCACUCGUCUAUGA